AUGAGUUUACGCUGGAAAAUGCACAGUAUCUACAAAAGAACAGGUCAUGGCAACAAAAUUCGGCUCAAAGUGGUUCAAUCUACUCGUCGUGGUGGCGAUUUGGCUGAGUUGGAAAAAUCCCCUCCUACCAACUUUCCGUUAAACCGACACACUCACAGAAUUGUUGAACUUUUCUUCCUGUUUGUAGAUUGUUGUCAUGACAACAAGCAAGUUAUGCCAAUUAAUGUUAUCGCCCGGCGGGUUAAGGCGAAGUUUUUGCUGAACAAUUAUUUGAGACUGCUCGAGUUAAGGGUCUGCAACCGGGACGGCAGUUUUGGUUUCUCUGCUAACCCUCGCAAAGCUGUUGAGUGCAUUUGUAAGUCGAAAAUGGGACACACUGAGUCAGCUAAACAGUGA